UAUCUAUAUGGACAAUUCCAAACAACAGGGAUAAAAUAAUUCAAUUUUAUUAUGUUUUAUUUUUUAUUUAUGCCUGAAUAGCUUUUUAUAAUGGUAAGUUUAUUUUCGAAUAUAGAACUUUCCGAGCGUUCCCUUAAGGCAGCAUUCCCUAGCAACGGCAAGAACGUCAGUUUUACGUUAACAAGACAUUUUUGUGACCUUUUAAAAAGCGGUUAGAAACAACAGAAAGCUUAUAAAUAUACAGUAAAAAAGACAAAUAUCCAGUUAUGGCGGAUAUAAUCGCUGCUGAUGACAGAAAGAAGUCGUUAUUUUUGACGCAAAUCAAGUUUCUGGAUGAACAGUUGGAGAAAUGUCAGCUUCAGUGUGACGGGCUGGAGAAGAGGAACAAGGAGCUGCCGGCUCUGUACCGCUCGCUGCAGAAGGACAAGGAGGACAUCAGCGAGUACCUGAAAGUGUUAGUGGUAGAACGAGAGAAGGAGGUCCAGGAGGUGAAGAAGCGUCUGGAGAAUCAGCAGCAGGAGGAUGAGGAGCACCGAGAGGCUCUGAGGCUGCAGCACCGCCGGCAGAUGGAGGAGCUGCAGGACCGGAUCGACGAGCUCCAGUCACAGAGCAGGAUAACGGCCGCGACCCUGGAGUGUGAGGAGCAGCCGGGGCUGGAGGAGCUGGAGGAGCAGCUGGAGCAGCAGCAGGCCGACCUGGAGACUCUGAAGGAGGAGGUGAUCAGUGAUAGAGCAGCAUACGCAGCCACCGUCGACAGCCUGAAGAGGGCCGAGCUGGACUGGGUGAUGAACGACAAUCGCGCUGAUCGCAAGUCAGUGAAGGAAAAGGUCUGUAACAUCGUCCAGGAGGAGAGUGCUCAGCACGGCGAGCUGCGGGAGACCUUCCAGCUCCUCCUGGACCACAACGAGGACCUGUGGACCAAGAAGUGGGAGCUGCUACGUGAGGAGAAGCGGCGCCACUUAGAGAUUGAAAACAUGAAGAAGAGGUACGACGUGCUGACCAAGAAGGACUACAGGAAGGAGGUGGAGCAGCUGACUCAGCAGUGCCGGCAUCUGCAGGACGAGCUGAAGAAGAAGAGCACCGCCUCAGAGAGCCUGCAGGCCGAGAGGGAGGAUCUCAGAGAGCGCCUGGCCUCGGCGUGUGAACAGCGCCAUCAGAGAGGAGCCGAGGCGGCGCAGCUCAGGGCCGAGCUGCAGAGGGAGAGCAGCAGGAGGAGGCUGCUGGAGGGAGUCAUGCAGGACGGAGUCACCGCUCUGACACACAUCCUCAAGGACUCACAGAAGGUGUCUGAGGCUCAGUGGAGGAGGCUGCUGGAGAUCCUGGAGAGCCCCGUCUUCCAAAGACCAGACUCCAGUCCUGGACAGGAACCGCAGCCCUCUGAGCCCGAACCAGACAGAUCAGAGACUUUGAGCUUCGCCACUGACCCGUUAUUCCUGAUGGCUCGCAACAGAGCAGGAGACUUGGGCUUCGUACCCGGGCCCACCUGGAAACACACAGCAGCCGCCUGCAGCAGCGGAGCUCAGCUGAAGCCCGACAGGAAACACAAGCCGUCCUCUGCAGCCUGCAGAACCAAACCCAGCCACCAGUGCUGUGAGUCUCAUGUCCGGCCUCAGGACAGAUCUGUGCAGGACGUGGACUCCUAG